AAUUGGGCGUGGUCGAUCAUGACUUGUCGUUGUAUGAUGAGAUAGAGCUGCACGUAUCUCUGGAGCUGCACAGUUAGCUAGCUAGCUACUGAGUGAUAUUUCAUGGUUGUCUGGGAGGACAGGGGGGUGCUCAAGCCCCCAAAGCCCCAGCACCAGAGGAGGUCUUGUACGAUCCUUACCAAACAGUUCCACGUGUGAGAAAUGAAGAGAAUUCGUGAAGCUACCAAAAGUGAUGACUCUGGAAAUAAAUCUAGUAGUGAGCAUCUGAAAUCAAAGAAAAUGAAAAAGUCCAAGACUGAAGAAGAAAAGCACGUGAAAGAGGUCACACUGACUCCACACACUGUAAGUAUUGCUCUACCUGGCUCUAUAGUAGACAAUGCUCAGUCAGCAGAGCUCAAGACGUAUCUGGUUGGACAGAUAGCUCGAGCAGCUGUCGUAUUUCAGGUGGACGAGAUUGUGGUGUUUGACGAGCAGGGAUCAGGAAGGAAGGCCACACCUAUCAGUCAUCGUAGCGAUGGUAACACGUUCCUUGCUCGUCUGUUGCAGUAUUUAGAGACGCCUCAAUACCUGAGGAAGCAGCUCUUCCCAAUGCACCCAGACCUCAGACUAGCAGGUUUGCUGAACCCACUGGAUUGCCCUCACCACAUGCGUCUAGAUGACCACACCUCUUUUAGAGAGGGGGUGGUCUUGGAUCGUCCAAUCAAACAAGGAGCUAGGGGAGGAUCGUACGUCGACUGUGGAAUGAGAAAAAAUGUGCAGAUUGACAAGCUACUGAAGCCUGGGGUUAGAGUUACAGUGAGAAUACAGGAAUCAACAAAACCGAGCUCCAAGCAUCACAGAGGAGUGGCAGUCUCACCUUUGACCCCAGGACAAGAACUAGGGCUCUACUGGGGCUAUAACGUCAGAUUGGCCUCCAACUUCGGCUCUGUGUUCACCGAGUGCCCUUUUCAAGGUGGCUACGACGUCACAAUAGGCACCUCAGAGCGUGGAGACAGUGUGGACGCUCUAGCAGCAUUGCCAGGCUUCAGGCACCUGCUGAUUGUGUUUGGUGGUGUGAAAGGUCUUGAGUAUUCUCUGGAGUGUGACAGUAGUCUUGAGGAGGAGGAAGUGAGUGGUCUCUUCCACCAUUACCUCAACACAUGCCCCUCUCAGGGAAGUAGAACUAUUCGAACUGAAGAAGCUGUCCUCAUAUCACUAGCUUCACUAAGACCUCUCAUUAAGAGGUGAUUAUGUUUAUAAUGCCUCGUUUGUACUUCCCUUCAGCACAUACGCACCCUAUCAAUAUUAUUGUUGGCAAACCUUUUUGUCUUACGUGUACAUACAUGCACAAGAGAAAUUGUUGUGUACAAUGAAAA